AUGCCUGAGCAGAGUAAUGACUACAAUGUUGUAGUGUUUGGAGCCGGGGGCGUUGGAAAAAGCUCCCUGGUGCUACGUUUUGUCAAAGGGACCUUUCGAGAAACCUACAUUCCCACCAUUGAAGACACCUACAGGCAGGUGAUCAGCUGUGAUAAGAGCGUCUGUACCCUUCAGAUCACUGAUACCACAGGCUCACACCAGUUCCCAGCAAUGCAGCGGCUCUCCAUUUCCAGGGGACAUGCGUUUAUCCUGGUCUACUCCAUCUGCAGCCGUCAGUCCCUGGAAGAGCUAAAACCCAUCUACCAGCAAAUCCUUCAGAUCAAAGGCAAUAUCGAGAACAUCCCGGUCAUGUUGGUGGGGAACAAAUGUGAUGAAACAGCCAAGGAGGUGGAUAGCAAGGUAGGGGAGGCAUUGGCUACGGAAUGGAAGUGUGCAUUCAUGGAGACGUCUGCCAAGAUGAACUACAACGUCAAAGAGCUUUUUCAGGAACUGCUUAAUUUGGAAAAACGCAGAUGCAUGAGCCUGAAUAUUGAUGGGAAGAAGUCCAAACAGCAGAAGAGAACAGAGAAAUUAAAGGGGAAAUGCAGCAUCAUGUAG